AUGACUUCGGUUUGGAAGCGGUUACAACGUGUUGGGAAAAAAGCGUCCAAAUUCCAGUUCACUGCCUCGUAUCAGUCGCUGACUGUUGAGUGUGAUAGAGGUGGUAAAUGGUGAGUUUACCUACUGUCGGGUCUUAAUCUUUUACGCCCAUGAGUACUCUUUCACACCCUCGUUGUGAAUAACAAAGCUAAAAUGUUGUUGUGAUCGAAAACUCGAGAAGGGUCAAUCUUUUAACUUGGGUAGGUUUUCGCAGAGUUGUGAAAGUACUUUAAAAUGAAGUGCAGACAAAUCAAGCCAUUUGCUGUAAUAUGCUACAGACCCGCGGAUCGCAAAGUAUUAAAAUUAUAAACUGAAGCUUAAGUACAAGUUUCGGUUACAGUUGCCACUCUUACAAGUUAAAUUUUUACCGUUGUAGAAAGUCUUUAAUCAUUAGUUUGUUCUAGAAAGGGCCAUGUUUUAGGGUUCUUGAAAGCUAGUGUCUAGUAUAGUGUUGCGCAAACUUACGUGUAAGCUUAAGUAUAUUGCAGUCAAACAAGCGUAGUCCUACUUACGUCGGGUAGAAAAAUAUUAUUUUGCUGUUAAAUAAGCUUCAUUAAAGUGUUUGCAAGGGCGUCGGUUAUGAAAAUGAAAGAAGUGAUUUUGGUAGAACUGAAGGCUACCAUUAACUCGUUUCUACAUGAAAGACGAUGCAUAAAUGCCCAUUCUUUGGUAAAUUGUUAAUAAUUAAGUUUAAAUUAAAGUUCAAUUGUAAAUCGAAAUGUAUUUUUUUGUGUUAGUGAAUCGGUACUUUCAUUAGCACAUUGAAAUUAGCGUUAAAAUUGUCACGGGAUUCACGUUUGUCUUCAUUAAAAUUCCUACUCCAUGUGUCGAAUUGUGGUACGUUAUGUAGUUGUAAAAUUAUCCGAUAAGUUGGUAAUUCUCUCGGGAGUAACAUGAAUCCAGUAUGCUAUAUGAUGCCUGUUUUCUAUUCUUGUAUGUUUCACAAGCUGUUGUUAUCAGAGCAACAAUAUUUUUAUUAGCAUUCCAAUAGACAUGAUUUAGCAUUUUUUCUUUCUAAAAAGAAAACUUGCACAAGCCUGGCAUGGCAUUCAGCCAGUUUGUUAAAUGAAGUCUAUUUUUUGGUCAGUAAAUCAAUGCUCACUCUUUUUGUUGAUCUUUACCAAAAUGUCCCAAGACAUUGGGACAUUUUGGCUAGUGCUUGAGCCUUCAUCAACAAAAAUAGUUCCUGGCAAAAUAAAUGUCCUGCCUAUUAGUACCCUGUUAUGUACUACACCUUGUACUUGACAUAAUUUUAUGUUUUCUUGGCUUUUGAUCAUAGGUAUUUUGUCAUGUUAAAAAACUUCUCAAAUGUGUGGGUUUUACAACGUUUGGAGACAAUGAUUUAAAAGGUCUCAAAUGAAUCAAAUUUAAGGAGUUUUAUACAAUAGCGGAUUUUCACUGCUCACACUGCAUCGGUUAGAAUCUUUAUCCCAUUUGAUUAGUUAAGUCAUUAAUCUGAAAGGGUCAUAGAAAGCAUCAAUUUAUUUUUGGACAGUAAUUCACCACAGGCUUGAGAGUCUUGUAGAAUCUUUAUUCCUGAACUUGUUUUUUCCUUUUAGGCUCUUCUCCAUCUCCUCCCCACUUAAGAACAAAGAAGUCCUUGAUCUUGAAUAGGAAUUACCCACCCUGAACAAAUAUUUUAAGCAUGUUAAUAAAAGACUCUUACUUUAAUUUUCUCUGUAAAUAACUGCAUCUUUUUUUUCCUUUUUGUCCCUGUUUGUUUUUUCUUGUAGGCACUAUGUCUUUUCAGGGAUUUCAAUAAGCAAAGACGACUGACAAAAUGUGUCAGCUGCUUUGCUCAGAGCAGUCAGCUAUUUUUUUCCCUGAAAAGAGGCAACUAGUGUUUAAAAUUUCGUAAAGAAAAAAUAUAUCAUUAAAUCUGAAUUAAAACGGGGGUUAAUAAUAUGAUGUGAUUUCAAUAUCCACCGAUAUGUUCUGGUUUAGCUACACCUGAGCACUUUUGGUUACACAAACGCUGUAUUUCAGUCAAUUUUUUUCAAUGUUUCUUUGUAGGUAUAUGCAGAAUUUGUUUAUGUGCAAAUGUACUAAAGUUUGAAUAUUGACAUUUGUUUAUUGCUUGUAAGAAUUGAUUGUGUGGCUAUAAAACCUGAAUGAAAGCUAUAUUUUCUUGAAUGAAAAACGCACUCUUCUCUUCUCAACUUAGUCCCCGGAACACUGGAAAUUGCAUUUUAGGGCUGUGAAAUUCCAAAUUUACGCUCCCGGACCCCCCUAGAAGAAGGGGACUAACGGCCCCUUGUUGAUAAAGUUGGUUACUCUAUUCAAACCUGGUGCAAUGGCUAUCUUGUCCAGUUACAUUUGUCUGAUUUGUCCCAAAAGUAAAGAUUUUGUUUUGUCCAGAAAUAAAUACUUUAUCUUGACCAAACUUGUUCAGUCAAGAUGGCUAAGUAUUGGCCAUGUGCUUCUUUUGUGUUAUUAUGGACCUCGACAUUGUAUCAGUCCAUGAGAUUGAAAAGUAGAACUUGGCCAGUUUCCAGUCAUCUUGAACUUAUGCUUGGUCAAUAGAAAUAAUGCAUAUAUAAAUACUGAAAUAUCUGAAACAUGUCUUCAAAGCUUAACCGUGAUGUCAUGUUUUUGAAAUGUUUGCUUUUUAUUUUACUGCUACAAAAUCUUGGUAGCAUUAAUACAGUCAACUCUCUUUUAAUUGACUCCUAUACAUUUGUAUAAGCCGGACACCUCGCUAAGACGUUUACCCAGAGUUGGUCCCUGCCUUUCUAUUUUCCUUAAAGUUGAUUCUCUAUAAGACAGACCUUUCUCUAAGAUAGACACCUAGUGCUAGUCCCAAAGGUGUCCAUCUUAGCAUUGACUGUAAAUAUUUUUACUCAUCCACUAGGCAGCCCAACAAACUUGUUGUGGUAUGGACACGAAGAAAGAGAAGAAAACUGACCAAGGUAGAUAUGUUUUUCCCUCAUAAAUGCAUUGACCAGGGAUGCAGGUGGUAACCAGACUCUAGUCGAGUAAUAAUUUCUGGGUCUGCUAUGGUAAAAAUAAGUUGAAAGUUGAAAAUGGUUAAAGGUGACUAGACCUGUAGGAAAUGACUCAUCCUAGUUUCUUUAACAUGAACCACCUACUCUUGUACAUGUGGCAAUACUGCUCAUUGAAGCCUGGUGCUAGGAAUAAAUAAAACACCAAUGAUUUCUGGUGAAGUCAAAGGGAUAAUUUGGCAUUCCAGUGUCACUGUGAUCAGUAAGCGAUCCAAGGUCACUGACUGGAAGGUCUUUUGGUUGAAUCAGUGAGAUGCUUACCAGUUAUAUGUACACAAAUCCAUGAAUCAUCCAGGUGCAUAAACCUAAAACUAUAAAAAUUGAUGCAGUGGAGAACAACCCACGGUAAGGUACAGUACAUCGAAAUCAGCUAAACAGAGUACAAAGAGUAGAAAAAUUGCAUUGCCUCAAAUCACAGCCCAUAUUUUUGGAUUGGUGCAAACCAUCUGAUUUGUCAACCAGAAUUUCUGUUUUUCUCGUGUAAAUGGUAAGUACACCUGAUUAACUUACAAAAUUGCAAUUUUCCUUCAGCCGAUGUCUUGGCAGCCUGGGAUCAGCAAUCCUUUCAGGGGCAUCAUAGUGUGGUCAGAUCCUGAGCCUGUUGACAUCACAGUCACACUAUACAAGGUACAGAAAAAAACCCUACAUGUAUUAAUGCCAGGCUGUUACUUACAGUUAUGUCAGCUGUUGAAAUCUGUUAAUCAUUGUGACAUUAAAUAUGUAUCAGUUAAAAUCAGUGGGAUGUCUUUCUCUUCUGCAGAGGUACCCGCUGGGUAUUCUAAUAAAAAUAGAAAUGAUAAAAAUAGGUAAAAGGACAGGGGCCCAUCUUCCCCAGCAUGAUUGCUGUUCUCUUAUCCUCACCUCCUUGUGACACAAAGUGGCCUCAAUGAAGGUCACAAGAAGGCUGCUAGGAGAACACAAGAAAAAUAAGGGAAACAAGUCAUGAGCUGAGGAGGCCAAGAAUUUGAGAAAGAAUUUUUAUUUUGAUUUAUUAAAAACUAUUGUUGACCAAAUAAACUGAAGUUCUGAAAGCUUAAUACUGCUUAAUACUACGCUUUUCACAAACAUGCGAAUUCUGAAGUUCAAAAGCCAACUGACGAUUGCAUUUCUCACUGCUGUCAAUCAUCUUAACGGACCUCUUAGGAAACAAAACUUUACUUUAACAGGUUCAAAAGGUCAUGGAUUGUGAUUUCUAAUUGGUGGAUUUCGAUCCGUUUUGGGAGUUUCUGUGUUUCAAGGUUCAUUGCUUGUGAUCGUAAUUAUGAUUGACGGCAGCGAAAAACGCAAUUGUGAAGGUGGCUUUUGAACUUUAGAGUUCGCAUGUUUGUGAAAAGCGCAGUAAUAUUACAUUGUGUACCACAAUAGUAAAAUAUUGUGGUUUGUAAUUAUUUAUUGUUACAUUACUUAGCUAUGUCUGAUGCACAGUCAUGUAUUACAUUGUUAGUGCAUUAUAUAUUUAAUAUAUUGUAUAUCAGCUAUUCUCACUAGUAAUGAAUAUAAAUUUAUAAUUAAAACUGUAAAUUUACUAUACAUGUAGUAUCAAUAUGUAGCUUUUACUAUUGUGUUAAAGUCGUCUUAAGACGGCUUUAAUGUCUAGUAUAAAAACGGUAAAUAACACAGACGCAUUUAAUGUCUGACGUUAACAUCUUCUGUUAAGUGUGUCCAAAUGACGCUUUUAACAGACGACUUUAAUAUCUGAGACGUUAAAUGCAUCAAGGCGACUUUCAUGUCUCUAGCAUAAAAACGGCCCAAUUACUUUUUUUUACUUUUUCAUAUGACAGCUUUACUUAUUUUUUUUACUUAUUUUUAAAUAAAUAAUGUGUAAAUAAAGGAUUCAUUCAUUCCUUCCUUCACUCACUCCUUCAUUUAUUGUAAUCAUUAUAUAUUAGGAUUCCAAACCAGACAGUGAGUUCGAAGACAAAGAGUGGGCUUUUGUCAUUGAAGAUGUGAGUUAAAAUAUAUAUUCACAGCUGUGUGAAGUGAUAUUGUAUAGCUAAAUCAAACUAUUAAGACAAAUAUUACUCAGGUUGUAUUAUGCUGUUAACAUGACUUUUGAUAUGGAGCAAUGGCAAUUAUUUUUACUUUAAAAACUUCUAGGCUAAAAAUUUAACCUUAACAUACAGGUGUUAUUGGCUACAGACAUUUAUGACUGGCUUUGUUACAAUGCACUAAAUAAUACAAGGCUGUUGCCAGUGUUCUCUAACAAAUAUUUUAGGAUGUCCCAAAAUUAAAGCAGUGAAAUUACAUGUAAUACUCUGAAAUCUUGGGACCUCUGCAUUGAAUUUUUUGUGAAGAAAGAAUGACCACUUGUCUGUAAUACCACUGGGUGCUGCUAUAACCUAGCCCUGAGUACAUUCUUUCAUUUUUCCGCAGGAAUCCCUAAAUGGAAGGAGAAAGCCUAUAGCCACAGGGUCCAUCAACAUGGUUGAUUAUGUCAGUGUGGAGAGCCGAACAUUUGACGUCACUCUGACAAUGAAGGUAGCAAGCAAGAAACUGGUGUCAGCUUGCCUUGACUUUCAUUUGACGUGUGUGCUGAUAAAGGAAGGAAUGGCAACGUAAGUUAAAGUUCAAUCUGGCUUGAAAGAUCAUGAUUGUACAAUGUGAUGUAAAUUGAGCACUGGAAGUUGCUUUCGGUCUUUUUUUGUGUGCUCAUGCAUUCGAAUUUUACACUUUGUUUCCUUUGCAAAAUUUGCAUAAUAAAUCAACUAGAACUUCAUGGCUGUAUCAUUUUAAUUAACAUAAACUGCCGCUUAGAAGCCUGGUCUGGGCUUAUACCCCUUUGUAAAUGGUUUAGGAGGGUGUAUGAAUAGAGUGGCUUAUAUCCAACAACAGCAAGUUGUGAUGAUGCAGUCAAAUGUGGAAUCUGCCAUUUGUGGAUCCAUGGCAAGUGUAAUGGUCUAACUGUUAAGGACUACAAACACUUAAAACUUAACAAUGAGGUAUUGUUCUGUAAAAUAUGUAAUAUUGAUUUAUUUCCCUUUGGUUCUUUAAAUAUGACAUUCUUAUGAUUUCUAGGAAACUCUCUGACAUUGAACUGCUACCCUCCCUUGAUAUUAUCUCUAAGACAACUAGGCUGGGAAGUCUAAAUGUCUGUGAUAUUGAGUCAAAUAUACCAAUCUUAUAAAUUCUAAAUAUUAUUAUCCAUCAGAUUUUGACAAAUUAGCUUUACAUACAUGUAUCAUCUUUACCAUCUUAUUUCUCCUUAUUUCAUGUUAACUUAAAUAGUCUUAAUGCUCAUCUGGGUGACUUGCAGACUAUACUUAAAUUCAUGAAUUCUCCUUUUCAUGUCUUAGGUCAGUUCACUUAAAAGCAUUUAAAGUAUGUCUAGUGUAAAUUGCCACACGACCAGCAGCAGAUCUCUCUCUAGUCUCACUAAUGCCUAAGUAGAACUGAUGAUGAAUGUGAAACUCUUCUGGGUUGAAAUAGUUAAUACGAAAGCUAAAAAUAUUUUAUUUUGCUCUGCCCAUAGACACCCUUCCUUUAGCCCUUUAAGGUUCAAAGAACAUCUCGAGUCAACUUUAUCUCAACUAACUAGUGAAAAUAAGUCCAUCUUCAUUAUGGGUGUUUUUAAUAUUAACCUGUUAAAUUAUGAAAGUCAUCCUGAAUCUAAUGAUUUCUUACUAAUAAUGCUAAACUCUUUUUUUCUUCUACCUUAUAUCUUACAACCAACAUGUAUUACUGAAAGAUUAGCAACCCUUAUUGAUAAUAAUUAUAUUUGCAAAUACUUGUGGUAACCUAGUGUCUAAAAUCUCUUAUCAUCUUCCUCAAUUCCUGAUUGUAGACCAUCUCAAAGUAAACUAUAAAGUUUUAAAUUAUUAUAGAAAUGAUGAUUAUAGAAAUUUAUCAAUGAUUUCUCACUUCUAGACUGGAAUAACAUCUCAAGUGAUUAUAUGGAUGCCAACACUAAAUUUGACAUUUUCUAUGAUCAGAUAUCUCAAUUUAUAAAUUAUCAUGUAAAUGUACCACGUAGAAAGCUCUCCAAACGUGAAAUUAAGUUAUCUACUAAGCCCUGGAUUACUAAACAUGUUCUUGCCAAAAUACGAUAUAGAGAUAACCUCUAUUCCAAAAUCAUUAGGUGUAAUUCAAAUCCAAAUUGGAUGUAAAAAUUAAUUAUUUUCAUAAGAAAUUCAGGAAUAGUGUUGUCGAAGAUGUUAAAGCGAGUAAAUCUGAUUAUUUCAAGAAUUACUUUUUGUGUUAUAAGAAUAAUAUGAAAAAAAAACUGGUCUGGAAUUAGAUCAUUCAUCAACAGUGGUAAAGUUAAAGCUGAUUACAUUCCCAGUAUUCUAGAAAGUGGAAAACCUGUUGACAAUCCCUGUGCUAUUGCUAACAUUUUUAACAAUUUAUUUGUUAAUGUGGGUAAAAACACUGACAAAGACAUUCCGUGUGGGAACUGUUGUCCAACCUCUUUUCUGAAGGACAAUUUUCCUGACUCAAUGUUUCUCUCCCCUUUUACUUCAGUUGAAGUUGGUUCAUACAUAUCUCAAAUGGACAAUAACAAAUCCAUUAAUCCCUAUAGUAUUCCAUUCCCAUUGCUAAAAAUUCUAAGACUCAUAUAUCCCCACUUACAUGUAUUUCAUCCCUAAUUAAUGAUUCUUUUCUCUGUGGUAUAUUCUCCAGUAAACUUAAAUUGGCAAAAGUUACCCCAAUUUUUAAGAAAGGCUCUAGGAAAGACUAAGAUAACUAUAGGCCAAUAUAAGUUCUAUCCAUUUUUAGUAAAAUGUUUGAAAAGGCUAUAUAAUAAAUAAAAUAAAAUAAAAUAAAUUUGUUCAUACCACUCAAUACAGCUUUCGUUCUCUCAGUUACACUGGUCCAAAACUUUGGAAUUCUUUAUCUAUCGAAAAUCAAGCCGUUUUCCAGUUUUCGUCAAUAUAUCAAGAAUUCUGUGAUUGAUGGUAAUAAUACUAUUAUUGAUUCCUAAUGUUUUACGAUUCUAUUAUCUUUAAUUACUACUUAAUUAAUGAAGUAAUACUGUUUACCUUAAACAAGUAUUUUGUAUCUAUAUUCCUUCUACUCAUAUUCUUAUUGGGUCACCUACUCAGUUAGUUCCAUGAACUAUUUAGGUGUCCCAAACUCUGCACAAUGAACCUUCAAUUGAAAAAUUUAUUUUCCUUCACAAUCUCUUGAUUUUAUACAGCCGACUCCCGAUAACUCGAACCUUCAAGGGAUUAGGUUCGAGUUAUCGGGAGUUCAAAGAAAUUAGCCGAGAGUAAGGUAAAAAACAGUUUUUACUGCACAGUGAACAUUUUAAUCACAUUUAAUUGUAGAAAUGGCAAGUGAAAAUUAAAAGAUACUUUUAGAUUAUAAAUCAGAACGUAACGUAACAAAAUAUAGUCUAAAUAGAGCAUGCAUUUUACUGUUUUGAGAAGAAAAGCUGCUUCACGUUAGCCUGUGACAAUCCACAUCAGCCUCCACUAGUAAACAAUACUCCUACAACAUGUCAAUAGGAAAUCCAAAAUUCAAUGUUUUGGAUGUCAGUAGACGACUUUUUUCCCAACUGUUUAAGGGCUCAAAACAUGGUUCGAGUUAUGGAGGGUGAAAUUAUAUAGAAAAUGACCUGAGGGGAAACGAAAAUUGGUUCGAGUUAGCGGGAGUUCGAGUUAUCGAGGGUUCAAGUUACCGAGUGUAAAAUUACAGUGAAUGUAUAACGGAAAUCCAGGGGAAAUCGAUUUUGGUUCGAGUUAGCACAAGGUUUGAGUUAGCGAUGGUUUGAGUUAUCGGGAGUCGACUGUGUUUUAAAGCACUAAUUUGUAUUAAUUUAUAUUCUGUGUGAGUUUAAAUAAAAAUUGACAUGACUUGACUAAUUUGUAUUACCUAGUUGUUAUUCUGCCGUGUGAGUUUAAAUAAAAAUUGACUUGACUUGACUAUCCAAGGGGGCUUAUGACUGGAGUAGAAAUUUAAGUGCUCCGAAACAAACUUUAGCAGUGCUGAUCAAAAAUAUAAUACUUUUUGCAUUUAUUUAUUCAAAAUGUCAAUAAAUUAAAUUUAUUUCUAUACGUUUGGAAGGGGCUUAUGUCUGAGAGGGCUUAUAAUCGUAUGUCCUUUUUUUGUUUAUAGGUAGAUGGGUCUAUAACCUGGGGGGGGGGAGUAUAAGCGGCACUUCUGAUGCACUAAAAUUUGCUCUUACAGUGUUGUAAUGAUUUCAUUUCUUUUAUAGUGAUGAUGACAUGAUCAGCAUUGGCAGCAUGAUGAGCUUAAAUGAUAAUUAUUCCCUUGACGAUAAUGAUGAUGACACGGAAGUAACACCUUCACCUCACAUGCGACUCAAACGGAAAUUGUCGUCAGGAAAUAUCAAAGCACCUCCGGGUACGUCAACCUCACCUGUUUUUAGUACACAUAUAAAAUUUAUAACGUAUGUUGUCAAUUGAAACUUGAUACUCUGAUUGAGUGGACCUACAGCUGUACUUACUACAAUACAGUCAUUAUUUCAGACCUGUAUAAUAAAAAUGAACUGUUGAAAAUCAACUUCCAUGUGUGAAACAAAUGGUUCACACAAACAUUUUCAUACUCCACUUGGCUCUGCCUUGUCCAUUCUUCUGCAAGCAUGUUAAUAUGAUUAUUUAUUAGUAUAGGUAAUAGUAUGAUUUGUAGUGAUAUUUGGCAUAAAUACCAUGAGUGAUAUUUCAAAAUUGUUAUACGUAAUUUUCCAAGCCGUUAGGCAAGUGAAAUUUGAGACAAUGUUGAAAUAUCACGAGUGGUAUUUAUGCCCAAUAUCACGUACAAAUCAUGCUAUUAUUUGUUUAUACUACUACCCGCAAAAGGUUUGUAAUUUUCACAUGUAGGUAUUUCAAAUUAAGCUGAAAUACCACUACUCUAAGCCAAUCAAAUUGCAGAAAUUUUUCAUGUGGUAGUAUAAUGUAAUAAACACCAAUGAAAUACCAGGAAAACAUGAUAUCUUGACAUGUGAAAAUAACAUGUUAUAUUCAGGCAUAAAAAGAUCACCAUUGUUAUGGCUAUAUGAUAAAUAAUGCACCUUUCACAGCAGAAAAAUGUUAAAGUGAAAAGAUUUGGUAUUUCAUUAUUGGUGUUUAUAUAAUAAAUUGAACAUUACAUGGCUGCUUGGAGAUACAAAAUUUCUCUUCUCGAGUUAUAAAAUAUUUCACUCAUUCCUUUGCACUCACUCAUGAAAUAUUUUUUAACACUUGAAGAGAAACAUUGUCUCUUUGCAUGGCCAUUUAAUAUCCUCUAUUUAUGCUACGCUAUAGCUGAUAACUCACAUCAAUCUGUAACGCUUAAUUACAUGUAUACCAAUAAUUACGUUUGUUAAGGCCCGCUUUGUCACUCAUGUGCUUAAAGGUCAAGUAAUACGGGCAACAUUUUCUCUCAACUUAAUUGUUGCCUUGCAAGUUGAAAAGCAUUGUUGCCCAUUUUACCACCUUCGCUCUCAACUUAUCAUGCAACAAAUUUUAAUGUUGCAAGUUGCGGCUCAUUUAGAAAAUUCCACGUUGCGAUUGGUCAAUGGUGUGUUUUGUGUCAUCAAUGCAAACAAAAUGGUGGAUGCACUGAACUUUCUAAGAAAGCGAGGGAUAGCUGCCCUUGUUUUAGGAUUAUCAACAGACGAAGAAGGUCAAAACCAUGCAAAAGAAACCAAAAGGUUUACAUGAGAGAGUGGAUUGCUUUGUGGGAAGAGAGGGGGCUCUACCAUUAGCUUGUAAAGGAACUUGCGUCGGGGAACAUAGUUGCUUCAAUUUUUGACAGAACUCAUCCAAAGUUCUUGUCCUCCAUUGCCUGUUUUUAUAAUUUGCCUGAGGUCAAGCACACACUUACCCACCAUCUUUCCUGCGCUUUUAGUGCAGGAAAAUUGACCAAUCACAAUCAUUGUGAUGCAUGGCAAGUUGUGACGCAAGUGAUAAAAUAAUGAAAGUUUGCUGGAAAAAGUACAACUUGGGUCUACUCUGCACAGCAUGUUGCCGCAACUUGCAACAUUGAAAUUUGUGACAAGUAAAGAGUGAAGGUGGUAAUACGAGCAAUAACACCUCUCAACUUGCAAUACAACAAUGUUGUGUGACAAGUUGAGUGAAAAUGUUAACCAGAUUACUUGACCUUAACCUAAUUUGAUGAUGUUCAAAUUUAAAGUGACUUUUGCUUGGCACUCAAACCAGGCCAAAGAGACUGGCACAAUUGGUAAAUGAAUUAACAAAGGUGUUAAUUUUCAGUGGCAAAAGUGCAAGAGUCAGCAGAUGGUAGGAGUGUAUCACCAGCGCCAUCUCCUGUUGUUGCACAGAAACAACGGAGCAGAACACGAUCCAAAUCUGCUCUGGGGGAAAAUGUCAAAACGUUGGUCAGUGAUGUAAAAAAGGAAGAUGCCGUCAAAAGGUGAAAUCUAUUGCACCUUUGUAGUCUGCAUAACAGGCAAUAUUUUUGCGCACAAAGCACAAAGUGGAGGUAGAGCCUGAGGCACUCAUGACAAGAAAAGGCACCAAAAUGACCUGUGAUCAGGUAUCUUUUUUUUUUUUUUGCGAGAAAAAAGGAAAGAAGGACUGCCUGAUCAGUGAUCAAACCUCCAUCGCGUAUGUCUCGUGUUCCACGUCCACUUUGUGCUCACCCGAAAAAUGCGGAAAAAAAACACCUGUUCUGUGCAAUAGCGCCAUUGAUCAUUAAAUGUUUGCAAAAAAAUAAAGUGGAGUAAACUUUGUUUCAAUAACUCAAUAGAGCGGAGAAGUGUGUCAUCACGUUACCAUGGUGGCAAAAUUUUUGGAUUACAAUAAUAGGGAGCUUAAGCAACGACAAUGGCGACAGCAACAAGAAGGCAAAAAAGCAGUGGGUUUAUAAAGCAAAACAACAACUAUGUGUAUGCAAAUGCAUCACACUUUUUUGUACAUUUUUCAGCCAUUGUUGCACGACUGCAACCUGAAACUUCCUAAUUUCACGCACCCACUAAUGGAGUGUCAGUGAACACAACACAAAAUUUUUCUUUUUCUUUUUCUAAACUUAGAUACAGUCCUUUUCGAUUCAACCACAGAAAAUUUUGUCAACAUUUGACAAAUUAAAUGAAAUUGAAUAAGGUGGAUGAAGUUUGAAACAGGGUGAAUUCACUUUUUAAGUGACGUUUUUGGUUUGUUGUGAUCCAGAAAUAUUGCUACCAUAACCAUGGCAACAUGAUGUAACAACUUCCCCUCUUUACUAGAAAUGCUUGCUACGCAGGCUAGAAUAAACUAGGCUAGUCUAGAUCAAAAUGAAACAAAGCAACAGUUCAUGUUGUGCCUUGAGUUGAGCCUCCACAUUCUACCAUCACUUGGGUGCAACCACAUGUCAUAAUGUGAUGAAUUUGUUUCUAAAAAAAUUAAUAAUCAUUUUUAGAAUUUAAACUGUAAAAACAAUGGUGUUUUGGCGUUUCCUAAACUUCAUUGUCAGUCAAAAAUUAUGUAAAAAUACUAAAUGCAAAAAAGUUAUCGUUAGAAAUAGUUGUGAUGUAAUCAUACAUUGUACAAAUGAGUGACAAGUCUUGCAAGAAUAAAGUCAGUCCACGUUUUUAAGUUAAAGAAUACUUAAACGUUCCUUUCCUUUCUAACACCUUCCAUGAUUUUCUUUUUUCAUUAAGGUUAAGCAUUGGCUCAGAUGUUUCAUCAGAAAUCUCAGAUAGUGGCCAGGUAAUCAAUUCUUGCAAGGUGUCUACAGACAUGUCAUAUUUUGAAUCAUUGUAAUAUUAUAUCAGUGUCUCCAAUUAGCAAACUGUAUUACAGUGCUCACUGGAGUAAGACUGUUCUUGACACAAUAUUAAAUACCGUUGUUAUUAUCAUUAUUCUGUCGACUCUCUCUUGACAGACACCUCUGUAAAAUGGACACCUAGAGAGGUCUUCCCUGCCUUUCCCUUCUUUCUUUAUUUGACUCUGUUUAAGACAGACAUCACUUUAAGACGGACACUUAGUGCUGGUCCCAAAUGUGUCCAUCUAAGAGAGAUUUGACUGUAAUGGAAGGCAGAAAGCAACUCUAGGUGUCCGUCCUAUUUGACUGUCUAUAAGACAGACAUCUCUCUAAGACAGACACUUAGUGCCGCUCCCAAAGGUGUCCGUCUAAGAGAGAUUUGACUGUAAUGGAAGGCAGAAAGCAACUCUAGGUGUCCGUCCUAUUUGACUCUCUACAAGACGGACAUCUCUCUAAGAGAGACACUUAGUUGCGGUCCCAAAAGUGUCUGUCUCUGAGAUAGUCAACUGUAGUCAUCACUUAUUCCCUCUUCAUUUGGCCUUUAGGAGACCAGCAAAGACAAAAGUAAAAUGGAAUCUGAACUGAUCAGUAAGUAAAUUAUUUCACCCACUUAUAAAGUCUUGCUUUUUGUUUUUGCUUUGUUUUUUCCUUCUUCUUUCACUUUUUUACUCGUCACAACUUUUGUGCCUUACUCUCCACGAACAUUUGCUAACUCCUUUCAAACUUUUUCGCGAUUAUUCCAAAUUGUUCAAUGAUGUAAGAGUUGGGAAAUUAAUAUGGAGCUGAAGAAAUGGGACCGCAUCCGAGCUCAGGUAGAUACCAUUAAAUUAAUCGCCUAGCCGUGUACGUCGUUCUCAAGAAACCUAUAAUUUGGUCAUUUCACGUCAUAGUUUCACUGAGAACGGCGUGAAACUGGCAAACGUGUUAAUAAAAGUUCUCAAAUUCAAGUUUCGAUCUCCAGUUUAGGGAGAAAGUUGCAUGUGGUCAGUGUAUUGUCGAGUUGGAUUUUUGGACCCUUUCCCUUUGUUUAUUCGCCAAUACGACGCUGUGCAGGAAAGUGGGUCAAAAUUUGUCCCCCCGAAAAGGCCCAUAGUGCAAUUCGACCAAGCACCGACCUAGUCUGACGCGCUACCUCAGACAGAAUGGCCGAAAAAAGCAUUUUCUAACUUGAUUGACAUCUUGCUUGUAAUGCAGAAUGGGCACGUUCACGUACCAAAGGCUAUCGUGGUGUGAAAGUUAAAAAUAUGACCACAAGUUGGCGAGAUGGAUUGGCAUUUUGUGCUAUUUUACACAGCUUUCAUUCAGACAAGAUGUAAGUUGAUUCUCAUAACACUACAGCGUGGAUCGUUGCUCUUCUCCACGUGUUGUUGUUGUUGUUAACAGGCGAAUAAAGGCAAGCGUGAGACACACCUUUACCCGUCGGGCGUGUCGUGCGUUCCAUUCCAGCCUUUUGUUUUCCUUCGAUGACCCGGAGAAAAGUGUUCUCCAGGCUUUAAAGCGGUUAUUUUAGUUUUAUGUUCAUGUGUAAUUAUUGUAAACUAACAGAUUAAUCUAUAGCCUGCGAGAGCAUCCGUUGAUGUGCUUUUUGGUGUGCUUUUUAUUUUUAAAGCGUUUUAUAAUGCCCUGACCUCUUCACUCAUGACAUUUUAAAACUUCGAUGCCAUCUUGACACUCAGACGUACACGUACGGAAGGCGUCAUGGCAAUUUUGUAAUUUCACAUGUGAACAAAAUUAAAGAGUAAUUUGUCGCCUAUAUUGAUACGUCCACAAUACAUGUUUAUACGUGGAUUUCAUUUUUUAAACUGAGUGCGUCAUUUCGUCCUUAUUUCCAGUGACUUUUCAUCUCUCAACCCACAAAACAUCAAAGAGAAUAACAAGCAGGUAGGUUGUAGAUGCAUUUGAUUGAUAUUCCUCAGGGCUGGUAGUCACGAGCACCACACUCCCAACUGUUCUUUGCACCAGUUAAAAAAAUCGAACCUCGUUUUCUUAAAUCCUGGUAAACCCAGUGUUAAACCUCUCCAGGGAUAAAACUGAAUUGUAACAUUUGCUGUCCUUAGUAUCCUCAGACAUCAACACACUUAGCUUUGUCGACCCUUUAACCCUCGCCGUAGUAGCGUGUGAGCAGGCCCUCUCUGUCUGAAGGAAGGUUAGCGCCACAGACAAAACUAAACCUCUCGUUAAGUCUGCGAGCUAGCGCCAAAAUCCUUGAGUACGCGCCAUGAUUUGCUAGUUAAGAAAGCCAUUGUCGAUUUGCUUAUCAGGUUGAAGGGAAAUUCGAAACGUACUUCCGGUAAUUCGCACCGGAAGUACGUUGGCGGCCCAAAUCUUAGUGCUGCUUCGCAGACGUCACUGGCCAAGGUUAGAUUACAUCUGUGACGCAGGCUGUCAUUUAACCCCUUAAGCCGCAAUAUCCACAUACAAAUUCUCCAAACUGAUCUCCAUACAUUUCCUUGAUGAAUGAGUCGAGAGAAUUUGAUAAAAGAUCAAAGUAUUUUCUCUUAGGUGAUCAUUUUAUUAAUUCUUAUAACCCUAUCUCUUGACAUUGUAUGGAUGUCGUUAAGAGAAAGUUGAUGUUGGUCACCUUUGGGACUUAAAGGGUUAACAGUCUGUCUUUUGUUUUUUCCUUCAGGCAUUCACUGCUUUUGAAAAGCUGGGUAUACCGCGUCUACUGGAUCCCGUUCAAAUGAUGUUUUCUCCUGUCCCGGACAAGCUAUCAGUCAUGACUUACGUGUUUCAAAUCCAGACACAUUUCACUCGGACACAGGCUCUUGCUCCCAGUCCCCUUAGCCUCAAAAAGCCUACACCCCGGUCGCGCCCUGCCCCACCCCCUCCAGCGUCUGUCACUUCUAAAGAUGAGCCCAUAGACCUUGCUGAUGUUGAUAUAGCAUGCGAUUCUUCAAUUAAUGAUAAUGAUAGCGAGCGAAAGCAACAGGAGACUGAAGGUUACAACCCAUUUCUUGAUGACGAUGUGGAGCUGAAAACCGUGUCUGAAGAGUCAACGGCUUCUGACACCGGCCUGAGCGAUGCUGGUCAGACAAGUGCGUAUAAUAUCGAAAAAGAAACCGUUUUAGACGCUUCGAAUUCGAGCUUAGAGAACAAAAAUGUUCUGAAGACGAGUCAGAGCAAGGAAAAUGACGUUAGUGUAAACAAUGUUUUGAAACCGCCUCCUAAACCUCCAAGAGUUUUUCAGGCUACUGAAAGCCCUAGCGCCGAUGCAAAGGUUAAAAGCACUAAUUUAGUAGACAAGAAAGACAAAAGUGAAUCAAAGAGUUAUAAUCCAUUUGACGAGGAUGAAAGUGAAGACGUUGUAUCGGAUAAGCAGCGUACUGACUCGUCCUCCAAAUUAAAAACGCCUCAGCCAGGAUACAAUCCAUUCGAUGACGAUAAUGAAGAAGCUGGCGUUCUUGAUUCUAAGACGCAAAUUGUUAAUGAUAAAGAAACUAAACGCGCAUACAAUCCAUUCGAUGAAGACGAUGAUGAUGACGAUGUCACGCAGACUGAAAAGGUUGAAGAAGAUAAUAUGGGUAAGAAAGAGAAAGGAAAGAGGAAAGUUUCCUACCCUCAUAGUUUUAAUCCUUUCGAAGACGACGAUGAUUUCAAAUCAAGUGAAAUUGAUCAAAGUAUGGAAAGUAAUGAAUCAAAAGACACUGGAAGCGAUAAAGGCACCCCCUCCAAGGGUUACAAUCCCUUUGAUGACGAUAAUGAUGAACGUGCAAGUAAUGAUGUGAGUUCAACGAGGAAAUCACGCUUGGAAAUUAAAGGAAAACCUGGCCAAGUUGACCGGACUGAAAGAGCCUCCCCCUCGCCGGUGAGUGCGGGUCGCAUGCUGUUUUUCGCAAGUGUCACCGAAGUUAAUUUAGUGUGCCCGCCGUGAAGCACUGGUAUGAAGUGAAAAUUGAUGUAAAUUGUGUCGUAUUGUGAGUGCUGAAAGUAAGAAACACUACAAAUUGUUCUGAACCGCCAGUUCUAGAAAGGAAAGUAAGGUAAGCUAGGAAUAGAAAAAAGACAAAAAAUAAUAUCUAUGUUGUAGGUGAAAAUGUCUAUUGGUUGUCUGAACAGCAGUGAGGUACAUACCGAAGCUGAUCACGAUUUGAUCACGUGCUUUUCCCGCACUUGUGCAUUUACCUUGAAUAAUUCGGAUUGGUUUAUUGAACUGACGAUACAAUAAGUGUGGUUUAUUUCUCGCAAGAUUUAUGGGAUAUUUCUGUAUUCCUUAAGAUGCUAAUUUUACCUUUUGAAAUGAAUUUUUAUCAUAGGUCAGGAAUGUAAAAAAGAGGCAAGCGCCUCCACCGCCGGCAACGCGUGCAUCAGAUGAUCCUUGGACGGCAAGACUUCCUGAUGACGUUUUAGCUGUGAGUUACAUGAUACUCUGGCAUUUUAACUUAAACUACUAGUAAUCAUAGAUUAAUGAGUGCGUUCGAGUUUUCUUAGCUCCAGGCCCAAGUUGGUCAAACGCUGGAUAGCGUUACCCACCGGAUAAAUCACUAUCCAGUGGAUAAGUAUUAAGGAAACCUAUUGUGCUGUCCAGCGGAGAGAGAUUUAUCCGGUGGAUGGCGUUUGAACAAUUGGGGCCAGGUUAGCAUUUAUACCGUCAACCAUUAUUUCAGUCAUGAAAAUUUUUUUAAACAUGCCACGAGGUGAGCGACUGGCAAAUGCGCAUAUCAGUUAAAUAGCUUGAGCUAAAUGAUUCAAAAUGGCGAGAAAAAGAAUACGUAGGACGGAAAACGCUUGCUGAAAAGGUCACCCUUGAGUACCACAGGAAUCUCAAGAUUAUGUGUUGCGUUUUCCCAACGUCGAACGCAAUUAGUACCUUUAUUAAAAGGAAUAUUUCAAAACUUCCCCUCUAAUAAAGGUAAAGUUGCCGGUAUGUCCAUUUUAGCUUUCUGUCUCGUUUCCAGGGUUCUCUUUUACUCGUCCCCGGAGGACAGAGUGGGGAACGAGCAGGGCAGAAUCCUGGGGACGAAGUUGGCUUGCAUUGAAUUUCACAGUUUUUACAGGGCAUCAUAUGUUGUCCUUCUUUUAGAGACGCCGUAGAGGAUCAAGACCAACAACACCGGGAGGUAGUGAACAAACAUCGCCUCACACCUCCCCUGCAAAAAGAGGGCCGAAAAGAACUGCCCCUGCUCCUCCAAGGCGGCCACCCCUUAUUCCUACCUUCGAUGAGUGGAGAUCUGAUCGAGGAACUACUGGUGAUAACGAGAGGUCAGCGGUUAGUUCAACUGCGGAGAGCACACCGACCAAACAGGUAUCUUCUGACAAGGAAAAAGAAACUCCAACACAGUCAACGCCAGUGUCAGAAGAUGGCGUUAGUAAAUCUCCGAAGGUAUCCAGGGCUGACGAGGCUAAUCAGGCAGAUAUUAAAGAGCGUGCUCGACAAGUACUCAUGGAUGCCCGAAAAAAAGCUGGGGCCAGCGGUGCGUUGCCUAGGGAACGUGUGGCAGAGAUAGCCAAGACCGCGAAAGGAACGACCGCUGGUCAAACAAACGGUGGUUCAACUACAAGUGGAGGCGUUGAAGAGGAUAAACAAAAGGUGAAGAGAUGGCUUUUAUAUUGCGGAAAAGUGAACACUUUCCUAGUUAUCACACCGUCUCAGUUUUCUCUGUUACACUUCAUUUUCUUUUUGCGCUUCUAUUCUCGAACUUGAGUUCCGCGUUUGUUACCCGCAGUAGGAUUAGCUCAGUCGGUAGAGCGCUUGACUGCAGAGCGGGAGGUCACGGGUUCGAUUCCCGGGACCGGACCAAUACUCAGCGUCUUAAAAUAACUGAGAAAUGAGGGUACUGCCUUUGCCCUUUAAUAGGCUGGACCUGCGCGUGGCUCGGAUGACCAGAAAGCUCUCACAUUUUGCUUGCCCGGGGCCAAUUCUUGCUGGACUUAGUUAACCCAUUAAACCCCAAUAACAAAAUUCAGAUUCUCAUUUGUUAUCCCUGUACGUUUUCAAUAGAAGUAGUGGGGAGAAUUUGUUUAAGCAUCAAUUAGAUUUAUCUUGUGUGAUCAUGUCCUCUAUUCUCAUGACCACUGUGUUUUAUAAAACAGUGAUAUCACAAGGAGAAAGCUGAAAGCUGAAAGGGGUAAUGAGUUUGUUAGAAGAUGACUUGUCUGCACUCUUGUCCAUUGGGCAAGUAAGCUAUAAAAGUUACUUGCCCAGCAAGAAAAUCUACUAGUCGAGGACAACUGGAUUGGUGAAUUUUCGAACCCUGCGUUGGAAAAUUUUUACGUAUCUGCUAUCGUGGAUUAUCCUUAUUAAUAACUAAUAAAUAAUAACUAAUUCCAUCAUCCCUUUUGAGUAUGUUAAGUGUUUUUUUUAUUUUGUAUUUUUACAAUAUCUUAUCAAUGAUUCUUUUUUAGGUAGAUGAUCAGGAAGGUUUGAAAAAGAAAGAAAAUCUGCGCUUAAGAAAGGUGAGUUUGCAGUGGGCUUACCUCAGUUAUCUACUUCAACAUAGGAGUUUUAAGUUGCUAAAAUUUCUAUUUGUUAAAAACAAUGGAAACAGUGCGUCUUACUGUUGAAGACAGUGAGGACGUUUGAAACUCAGUUAAUUCUGACAUCUAUCGUUGCUUUUUUACUGCAGGAAGAACUACAGAGAAGACGAAAAGCGAACGAGAAAGCUCAAAAGCUGGUUCAAAAUGCUAUUGUCAACGAGAAGACAAAAAAAAAUGCAUCGUCAACAGAAUUAUCAACAGCAGCAAAGACACAAUCGCAGCCCGAAAAUGAAGCCUCUGCUGCCAACGUUGAUCAAAAAGCUGUUAAAAACAAAAAUCUACAGCAUCGUCCUCUAAAACUCAAAGAUAAAGAAAAUGAAUCUAACAAACGUAGAUCGUCAACAGAAAAUGACAGCAAGUCUCCCCCAGACAAAGCGAACUUUAAAGAAAGUGAAGAGCUACAGAGAAUAAGACAUAUUUUGAAUCAAGGAAAGAAAGACAAAAAGCCUGCAAACUCUGAAAAUACUGUCCAGGGAAGUGAAACAGCCAAAACAAAAGGUCCUGUGACAUCCCAGGAAAGCAAAAGGAAAAUCUCGGAUAGCAAAUCUCCUAAGAAUUCCUCUAUGAAUGGACUGGCAAGCAAACUACAAUCCAAACCUUUACAGAAGCAAAACCGGCAGGGACCCAAUGCCGGCUUACAUGCUUACGUAGCGAGCCGAAAAAUAAACUUCGAUUCUUUUGACGUACCACCCACUCAGAAUGAACAAAGUGAUGAGCAGGUUACAGAGGAGGCAGACAACGGUAGGACAAUCAACAUUACAAUUUAGUUUUCGACCGGUUGAAACUUCCUGUGUUAAGACCGUGUAAACUUUUGUACGUUAAAGCGAUAGUUGAAUGGUUUCGUGGUAACUCAGCUGGGUGACUUCAUUUGAUGUAUGACAUUUUGUCCCUCCACACGAAAACUACAAUAAUGCGUUUUCAAAACCUCCCUUGUUGGGACAGUUUUGUGGCCGAAAAAGCUGUAAGGCUUAAACGGCGAAGAAAAUCCAAACAUGUUUUCGUACAUUCACCACUUUAGAAACCAGAACAAACCUGGGGCGAGUUAACUUUCGCAAAGACUUCUGGUAUUGUUACUGGGCACAGAACAAACAAAUGGGCUAAUAACUGAAUGACGUCCUCAGUAACGAUCCCAGAAAUCUUUGCAAAAGUCAACUCGACCCAGUCUCUUCGUUUUUAACGUGCCGAAUUAUUACUUUACUUCAUAUCAUCUUUCUCAUACAGGUGCUGAUACUGAAGACAUAACGAAUGGUGAAACUAAGGUAUAUAGGGUUACCACAUUUCAACGAUAGGGAGCUUUAGAUUCGUGGACGAGGGCGAAUACGAGUACGAGGUUUUCUCAAUACUAAGUAGUGCAAAGUGCACGUGCGUGAGCCAGCGUCAUUUUGGCGGGAAAACGUGAUAGCCGUCGUCAUUCUACAACGAGUUUUAGGGAGAAUGUCGUAGUGGCGGGAACAAGUUAUCAAAUGUAAGAAUUUUUAUCAUUCCGAUAUCGGGAGAGGGCUGAAUCUCCUUCAGUAUAAAUAACGGUACUAACUAUUUUGGUGAAAAAAGGUAAAAUGCAGCUUUCCGGAGUGUUUUUUUUAGAACACGCACAAAAACUUUAAGUUAAAUCUCGUACUCGUACUCGUUGUCGUCCUCAAAUCUAAAGCUUUCUAAUAUAUAUGAUUGUUAUAGAGGUCAGAUAAAUCUCACGACCUGUACGUUCUACGCUCAGUCAUUUCCACUGUGGUCUUAUUUUAAAGGACCUUAAAGACCCCUCAUUGGCUGAGGAGGAACAAGACUCCCUGGAUCAAUCACUGGUGAGAAUUUACAAGUUAAAGGGGCUCGCCACGGCAACUAAAUCCCAAAUUUUAAAUUCUUAUUUCUAAUUUCUAAAUGACAAGAUCACAGCUUCGAGACCAACAAAUUUGUUUCCCAAACGUAAUGAUUAAAACUUUUGCUAGAACCAACAGAGAUAAACUAUGAAAAACUUUUGGGCUGAACUGUGUUUUUUCUUCACUUCAGUCAAAUACCGGUUUAAUCUUUUUGAAAGCAUUCUUACCUUGUCCUUAAUCUUUCUUUACUGUUCUUAGCAGUGUAGCCAAUUCCUAAUGGCGAAGUUUGGCCAAAUUGCCUGAAACAGCUUUUCAAUAUGGCCUUUCGACGAGAGGAAUUGCCCCCAUAUUUCAUAGUAAGCGAGAUCUGUAGAGGGUACAAAUGUUCCCCUUUUGGGGACGGGUUGUGGAGGUGAUAUCGCCUUCGAGGUUCCCGCCGUAAUUAAAUAAGGAUGACGACCUCUCGGAGUGGGCGAUCGAUUUCGACAACCACCCAUCAUUCAACAACUGUAUUAUCUUUGCAAACAAUGCAUCUGCACCAAGUCUUUCCCAAAGAACGUGUCGCCCAAUGUCUACCAUUCCUUGAUGACUCCUCAGUCUCCAAAUUGUAGCCGUCUCCCUUGAAAAUCCGUAGGAAAGGAAGUGAAAGGAUGUUAUGUAUCCCUUUACCCAUCACCACAUUUCUGACUGAUUUUUCCAGGAACUUCAAGAUACCUCUGAAUACGUACGGCAAGAGCUAAAAUUACUCGAAGAACAGCAAAAAGCUCUGGACAAAGUCGGGGAAAAACUCGAAAUUGAACUGCGCCGAGCAAUGGAGUGCAAAGGUACUGUUGAUUGAAUCAGUUAAGUGACCGUUGGUGAGGUCGUGUACAGGCCAUUUUCAAGUCCCAAAAACCCUCACUUUCGAGACGAGGCUAAGUGAGUAUCAUUUGCAAAAGAAUGAAAUAUCAUUUUCACAUCAAUGGCUUCCCACUUAGCCUCGCUUUGAGACAGAGGCUUGGAGCAACUCGGAAAUUACCUGGUUUUUAAAAAACCUUGUUCCCAGGCUAACUCUUCCUGUCGCCAGGGUGAGUACAGGAGAAGAGUUUCUGUUUAGCAUUAAUUUUGUGAAUGCAUUUUCAUUUGUACGCACGUCGCCCUCAAUAGACCUCUUUAGCUUGUAUGUUUUGUUUUCCCAAUACAGGUCAGGUGAUAAUACUCGAGGGAACCGUUUCUUUCAAAUUUCGUCUUGUUCACUUGCAUAUCUAUGCAUAAUUUAUGAAAAGACAAUGGGUCAAGUUGCCCUUGGGAAAACAAAACAUACAAGCUAAAAAAGUUUAUUGGGCAACUCUGGGUGGUGGUGUGAAUGUAAUGGGUCACCCAUUUUUGUGCUAUUUUGAGAAGGUAAACACGCUCGAAAUCGUAGGGAAAAUAUUUUGAAAACGCCGCUCUGGUGAUAUCUUUCUUCACGUAACUGCGUCGUUUUUUUAAGGAAACACAGUUUUUCGAUGGAGUAUCGAGUUUUAAAACCCUGGUGGUAUAAAAUGCAGGAUUUGGGAAAGAAACGUUUUGUAAGAUCUUGCACCUGUUUUUUAUUCGCAGGUUGUGAAGAAGAACAGGAAAAAUUAAUGCAGGACUGGUUUUUACUUGUUAACAAGAAAAACGAGCUGGUUAGAAGACAAGCUGAAUUGAAUUUACUGUAAGUAUUUUGUUUAUCUUUUUGGAGCAUUUUAGAAAAUAAACUAGCAAUUAAUGAACCAGUCUCUGAGAAGUGAACUACGAUUAAAACUCGAUGGACAACAACCUCCCGAGAUCAAACACCAAUUCUUGGCGUUUAAGGUUGUUGUUUACGGAAGGUUCGACUGCCUCUUUUCUUUUUAUAUAUAUUGCAGUAAAAACGAAGAAGACUUGGAAAGAAGUCAUGAUAUGCUGCAGCGGGAAUUGCGAGCUCUAUUGGAAAUGGAGGGUAAGAAGAAAUUAAUCGUAACCGACAAGGGGUGCGUUUCAACUCGGAGAUGAAAAUUGACAGGUUUAUUCAAUGGAAAGUCCAAAUGUUUAAACUCUGUGACUUGUCCGAGAAAGACCGUUAAUUUUGUGUCGCGAAAAUCUUUGAGAUUGCAGAGAAAGUUACUAGUUAUUCCAGGGACUAGUCCGCCAUUAAGUUAUUUGUGAUGUAGCCCAAAAAGAAAAACGUCGACGUGUACAAAGCAGUCAACAUUUUUGAGUAACAGGGUGCUGUUGUUUUAUGACGACACAGAAUUUGCAGUGCUGCCCGCUUUCAAACAGUAGCAUUGUUUGAUGGCAUGUGACCUUGACCAAUGGGAGCGCGCAUUGUUGAGAAAGAAAUCCAGCUACAUAAUAACAGUUAGGAACGGUCUUAACUCUGUCACUCCCUGGUGACGUGCACCCACUUCCACUCUAGUUCAGGCCCCGCACCGGGGAAAUAUAUUAUUGUCAUUAUCUUUCUUUCUCAGAUAAUCAGAAGACUGACGAGCAAAGAGAGCGAGAAGCAGAGUUAAUCGAACAGUUAGUGUUGGUGGUGAACAAAAGAGAUCAGUUAGUGCAGUUUGAGGACUCGCAACUUCAACAGUAAGUAGUUAAGGCCAUGCGCGGCCUGUGAAUGUAAGGUAGAUUGUCCUGAAUUAACUUCUGAUUGGACGAGUAAAUUUCCAAGUGCGGGAAAAGUUAGCUAGUUUCCAGUCCAUUUUGGCGAUCGUUGUCUCAACGUCGAAUGGUAGUUCCCAUAAACCGCUCGGUCGCUAAACCUGGCGCUUAGCUCUUUCGCCAUGCCAAUUCCAUAAUCUUAAAAUUGCCUGUUUUAAAACGUUCUUGACUAAGAGUGUCUCGUAAUACUUUUGUUGCAGUUACAGCAAGCGUUGCAGUAAAAUCAAGGAAUAUUCUUCUGCGAGUGGUUCGAAUGUACUUAAAAUUAACGCAUUUCUGUUCUUUUUGACAUCUUUCAGAGCCGAGAAAGAUGCGCUACAUGUACAGAAGGUAAUCGACAAUGCUAGGAUACCCAAAGACAAAGGCGAAUGUGUGCUGCAGUAAAAACAUAAAAAUCAUAAUGUGUUCAGCAGACUUUGGAAUUGUUGAGGUGAAGGAACCAGAGGCUGCGGUAAUGAAAUCGUGUCAUGUCACUUGAGACUUGAAACCGAGUAUUUGGUCAUAUUAUGGAGAAAUAACACGUCGAGCAACCAAUACGCGAGUCUAUUAAGACCUGUUUAAACCGUUUCAACAUUCCCCCAACGUUUGUUGCCGUUGAGGCGAUGCUGAAUGAAAGUUCUACCCUUCAAACCCUGAUAUCAGCAUGCGGCAUUUUCUCCACACAAUUUUCGAAAUAUUUCCCCUGGUACUGAUGGAAAACAAAUAUUCAAGUUAGUCUUAUAUGGGUGUUUUCACGAGCGGGUUAGAUGAUUUUAGGAUUGCGUUCUGACUGGCUAUUCGUGCACGCAAGACGGACCUAUCUCGCCCGCUCUGUUUCGCUUUGGCUCCCCAAGAAGAGAUAUGCUGUUGCGGGAAAAAAAGUCCUUUGUUGAGCACGCUUGUUCGGUCAAGAUCGCUGGAUAUUUGCCUCGUUGUUGUUGUUGUUGUUGUUGUUUUUGGCAUGUUUAUUGCCCUCGACUCGUCUCGGUUCUUGGAAACGGGAAAAAAGACCUUUGCUAAUAUCCAGCCCUCUUGAUCGAGCCGACUUGCACUAACGCAUAUAUUAUUUCAAUUUCUUUAUUCUUAUGAUCUUGGGGUUUGAUUGUAAGGGUUGUUUUAUGGAGAAGCAAGGCUGAAUAGAGUUGAAAAUAUAAGCGUAAUAAAUGUAUGAUGCUAAGCAAAAAUUUUACUUAGCGAGCCGAUUUUGCGUUUGUACAGGUAUAACAUUUUAAGUGGCUUCUCCUUGUUAAAAACGGAAAUUAGAGGAGUUCACCAAAUUUCUUCAAUAAAUUGGUGAUCUGGACGGCAAGAUUGCGUCAAGUAGGAUCUAUGUAAACACUGAAUAUAUAAUAACACCACUCCGAAAUAAGAAAUCGAAAUAAAUGCAUCUAUGAAGAACAAGAAAAGUCUAUCUGAUCUGAAAUAUCCGGGGUGUUUAAUGACUUAGAAUAAUACGUGUCAAUAGUGCAGUAUUCUCUGGUUGCACUUAUCUGUUACAUUGAACCCGUGGCAAGCCUCACAGCUCCCCUCUCUGUUCUCUUU